AUGAAUCAUCAGGUAACAAGGCUACCAGUGUCAAAAUGCUUGGAAAAGAAUAACAUCAUCAACCCAAACCAACAUGGAUUUAGGAAGGGACUGUCAUGCGAAACGCAACUUGUUGUGGCCAUCAAUGACUGGGCAUUCAACAUUGAUAAGCAAUGUCAGACAGACGCCUUCUUUCUCAACUUUAGUAAAGGCUUCGAUAAGGUAUUACACACGAAGCUGCUCUGCAAAUUGGAGUAUUAUGGCAUUACUGGUCAAAUGCAUGGAUGGAUCAAAGCUUUUCUAUCAGGCAGAUCUCAGUCAGUUCAUGUUGAUGGAACAUCCUCACCACGAGCCAGUGUUCUCUCAGGCGUGCCGCAAGGCUCAGUCCUCGGGCCUGUGUUAUUCCUGUUGUACACCAAUGACAUCUGUGAAUGCAUCUCGUCACUAAUCAGACUCUUUGCUGAUGACUGUGUGCUGUAUCGCAAGGUCGAGACAAGAGCUGACCAUGCAAUUCUCCAGCGAGAUCUUUCAACAUUAUCGGAUUGGGCAAAACUGUGGGAUAUGUCCUUCAAUGUCAAGAAGUGUGUCAACAUGUGUAUCUCAUUGAAACGACAACCCUUGGCUUGCAACUUUACCAUCAGUGACCAACCUAUUCCAACGGCAACCUCCUGUAAAUACCUCGGUGUGACCAUCACAGACAACCUGAGUUGGAACUCCCAUGCACAGAAGAUAUCCUCCAAAGCUGCUCGUACUCUUGGAAUCAUACGUCGAGCAUUGGGUAAAUGUGACCUGAAAGUGAGAGACAUUGCGUACAAGCAACUUGUCAGACCUCAACUUGAGUAUGCUUCAUGUGCAUGGAAUCCUCACAUACAGAAAGAUGUAAACAUUAUUGAGAGCAUUCAGCGUCAGGGUGCUAGGUUUGUCCUUCACGACUAUAGCAGAGAAUCCAGUGUAACAUCGAUGUUGUCAACCCUUCACUGGGAUACUCUCCAACACAGACGCCUUCUUAGCCAAUGUGAGAUGUUCUACAAAAUUCAUCACAAUUUUGUUUACAUCAACAUGCCACAUCAGAUUAAGUUAAGCAGCAAUUCUCGUCCACAACGUUCACAACACACUGGACAUCAGCUCAAGUACACCCAACCUUUUUGUAGAGUGAACUGCUACAUGUACAGUAUGUUCCCAAGAACCAUCCGUAUUUGGAAUACUCUCCCAAACGCUGCUGUAACUUCGACCUCUAUAGCUGGCUUCCGGGGAGCAACAUUGCCUAUCAUUCAGCAAAUGUUGCCUCCCCCUCCCCUUAAGAUGCUAAUCGAAACAAAUGUCGCAGAUGGAAAUAUUGCAAAUCUUAAAACCAGUGCACCCAUUAAGUCACUUGUUGUUGACGUCAGGAAUAGUAAACAGCUCUGCGACAUGUGUGACGAGCAAUCAAGAGCCGCACACUUCUGUUGCGAUUGUGGUAAGAGCAUGUGUAACGCAUGUCUGCAAGCUCAUAACACAUGGAAACCUAAUCUUAAACAUAAAGUAAUGAGCGUUGAAGAUAUCAGAGGGAGUAGGGUAGUCUUAAAGAAAAAGGUCUACUGUCAAGCAGAAGGACACUCACCAUACGAGUACGAAUGCUCAGACGUAUGCACGACAUGUAAGAAGCUCAUUUGUAUGAGAUGUCGAGUGUUCUACCACGAGAAAAGGGGCCACAAGGUGGUAGAUAUGAAAGAGUACAGUUCGUUUUUCAAGAGGAGUUCUGUAUCACUUGAGGGUCAAGGGAAGACAAAAGCUCCAACGGUCAAGAAUCAUAUGACGUGUAUUGAUAAUCAAAUCAAACGUGUCAAUGACCACAUUGAUGGAGAAAAGUCAAAGCUUGACAAGAUUUGCGAAGAAGCUGCCAAGAAAAUAAAAGAAAUAAAUGAGAGCUUGAAUAUUCAACUGGAUGAUCAGAGCGAACAAUUAGUCCAUAAAUUGAAGGAUAUGAAAAUUGAUGACGAAAGGUUGGUUAAGAGUAUUGAGAGUGCGAGUGAUUUGGUGAGUAAUAGUUUGAAAGGCCCACUAGAAGGAGAUGUUGUAGCGAUUCGUGAUUCAUUGUCUGGUGAAUUGAAGAAUGUACUAGAUAGGGAUGAUCCAAAAGAAAAGGCUGCUUUUGAUGUAGGAGAUCAUGGGGAGGAACUAACGUUUACACCGAGGUUUGAUCCCGAUACAUUAUCAAUUGGGGGAUUGAGAUUUGUGAAAUGUGAGCCGAAAUGCAAUGGAGAACUCUCAAAUAAAGACAGCAUGAAUGGCAUGGCGGCUACAAAAGAUGGCAUGAUGGCUAUCGGCUCUAGAUUUAGAGAACUUGAAACCUUCUCUGCUGAUGGUCAACUGGAGGAGACAGUCAUGAAAGAUCUAUUUAUACGUGAGUUGGUAUUUCUCUCUGAUGGUAGUUGUGUUGUACUUGAUUACGAUAAUAAGAUAUCACUGUACACAUCAGAUACGGAGAAACAGGAUGUAACAUUCGAUACUCUAGAUGAUAGUGAAGGUGGGUUCGGUGGUCUGACUGCAGACAGCAAUGAUCUGAUCUAUGUUAGCUAUAGGGAAGCCAAGAAGAUCCAGGUAUUCUUACCAUCAGGUGGGAAGGCUAUCAGGGAGAUUCCAUGCGAUGGGUAUGAGCCUGGACAAAUCACAAGCUACGGUGAUUCAUUGAUCGUUGUGCAGUUUUACGAUACGAUAAUACGUAUUGAUAGAAAUGGUGAUAUAAAGCAUUUGUUCUGGCAACCUAUGAAAAGUAAUAUUAAUGCUGCCGCGAGUAAAGACAAUACAAUCUUGAUUUCCUCUGUAAGACACGAUGAAGGUCUGCUUAAUAUCGAUGAGUAUUCCGGUGAGCUGAAACACAUCAAGACUCUUAUCUCUGAUUACAAGAUUGAGAAACCUAAAAGAAACUGGUAUUACAUUCGCCAGUUCCAGUCAGGGGAGAUAGCUUUCUGUACACCGGACAGGCUCUACAUAUUUAAUCUAGUAACUAGUGAAGUUACCUCGUAA